CGACAGGAAUGACAAGUGACGUGACAGUUGACAGCUGACGGCAACGACAAGCGAGGGCAUGGCCAGGACGCCAUCUUGACAUUUUCAUUUUUCAUCCGCUUUUCGUCAUUUAUCGGCUAAGCGUAGUUGUGUGUGCUAGCGUGUUUUCCGAAGUAUUUUCUUUGCUUUCUUUAAUAUAUUAAGUUAUAUACUCUUAAUAAUGUCUGCGAAAAAGUGUUCUGUUCCUGGAUGUAUUAAUGGAAAGCCUAAACGGCAUAGGUUUCCGAAGUCGGAUCCUGCCAUUUUUAGACAGUGGCUUGUUAAAAUCGACAGUGCAAAACUAUUUUCAAUGGACAAUGAGACAAUUUACCGCUUAUGUAGAGUGUGUGACAAACAUUUUACCCGUGAUUGUAUUGUGGAAGGAACAAAACGAGGUUUGAAACGAACUGCUGUUCCAACUUUAUAUUUACCAGCAUCAAGAUCAGCCAGCUGUGAGAUAAUCCCACAACCUGGGACAUCAAGUGAGGGUUAUGAAAUUGAUGUACCGAGCUCUAUUCCAACACUUAUGGAUCAUGACUAUAUAGCAUAUGAAUCGCCUAAGACUGCUACAAAAUCUGUUGCAAAUACGAGCCCAAUAGUUCAUAAGACAGGAUCAGCAGCAUCAAGAUCAGCCAGCAGUGAUAUAAUCCCACAACCUGGAACAUCAAGUGAGGAUUAUGAAAUUGAUGUACCGAGUUCUGUUCCAACACUUAUGGAUCAUGACUAUAUAGCAUAUGAAUCGCCUAAGACAGCUACAAAAUCUGUUGCAAAUACGAGCCCAAUAGUUUAUAAGACAGGAUCAGCAGGUAAUAAAAACAAAUAUAUAUAUACAGGGUGUUUCAAAAAACAUGUGCUAUUUCUCGUGCAGAGAUUUCCUACUUAAACAUCCGAUUUAUUUUUAUAUCAACACUGGUCCAAUUUUACUUUGCUUCAAUGAU